AUCACAUGACAGAGAAUCAGUUGCGCUUCAAAAUGGCUUUGGGAUGUAAUAGGUUUCAGAAAGCCUCUGCAGUACUUGCAGUAGUUUUGGCGUGUGUUUUAUGCGCGCCGUGUGCUGCUCGCUCGCACAGAUAUGCAGCUCAGCUGGAGUCUGCAACAGCAGCAGCGGAGGAGGAGGCGCAGUGGUUCAUCCAGAGACUCGAUCACUUCAACGGGGCCGAGGCUCGAGUCUGGAAACAGAGAUAUUUCGUGAAUGACACCUUCUAUAGACCCGGUGGUCCGGUCUUCCUGAUGAUCGGGGGUGAAGGUCCGGCAAACCCCGCCUGGAUGCAGUACGGAACCUGGCUGCUUUACGCACAGAAACUGGGCGCCUUGUGCUUGUUACUGGAGCACCGAUUCUACGGGAAGAGUCACCCGAGGGACCCUCCGAAAGAAAGAAAGAAAGAAAGAAAGAAAGAAAGAUGGAGACACGAGAUGCAUGUGUUUUGCCUGUUAGAAGAAUCCCAGAGCUCUCCGUCUGUGUGGUUAGAUGACGUGAAUGACUCCAUGUCUGUCGAUGCAGAUGUCAAACUCUGUGACUGUGGUCUGUCCUGCAAAUAUUUAGAGGUUGUGUGGCGAUCGCUGGCGGCGGAAAACCCAGAGUGCCCUCUAGUGGUGAAGAAAGCAUCGGACACGCUGGUAGAGCGACUUAAUGACCCGAAAACUUAUGACAACAUCACAAAAGACUUCAGGUUGUGCUCUAAGCUCCAGAUCCAGUCCAAGAUGGAUUCCGCGUAUCUGUUGGAGUCCUUGGCUGGGAAUUUUAUGGAUGUAGUGCAAUACAAUGAGGACAACCGGGCGUUUGAGGGUGUUGUGGGCACUAACAUCACCAUAAAGGUGUUGUGCAGUGUGAUGCUGGACUCUUCGUUAGGUGAGCCGUACGAUCGAUACGCCGCUGUGGCUCGACUGAUGCAGAACACAUUCUCUCAGGCGUGCAUAAACACCCAGUACAAGAGCUACAUCCAGGACAUGAGCAACACAAGCUGGAGCGGCCCUGAGGCCGGAGGAGGGCGGCAGUGGGUGUAUCAGACCUGCACUGAAUUUGGUUUUUAUCAGAGCACCGAUUCACCGAACCAGCCCUUCAGUGGAUUUCCCUUACACUAUCACCUGCAGCAGUGCGCUGACAUAUAUAAUCUCAGCACCUCGUUGGACGAUGCUAUUCAGCAGACCAAUGAAGAAUACGGAGGAUAUGACAUCAGAACCACUCGCAUCGUCUUCCCCAAUGGUUCCAUUGACCCCUGGCAUGCCCUUGGAGUGACCCGGGACAUCACAAGCGACCUUCUGGCUGUCUUUAUCAAAGGUACGGCUCACUGCGCUAACAUGUACCCGGCCCGAGCGGAAGACCUUCCUCAGCUGAGUUUAGCACGGGACCAUAUCUUCAUCAUGCUCCAGAAGUGGCUGGCCGAGUGACUGACAGCAGCAGCAGCCAAUCAGGAGCACAGACGUGUGUAAUGGCCAAUCACGAUGUUUAAUGAUACCAUGGCAAUGCAAAGAAGGAAUUUUCUUGCUUUAGAAAUCCAUUUUGAUGGUUUUUAUAACAAUCUUGAAUUCAAAAUCAGUUUUGUAUGUAAUAUGUUUAUGAAAGUAUGUCUUCUUUUCUUGAUGUAAAUCACUUGUGUAUAUUUUGCAGCAGAGGUUUCUCAAUAAAAUAAAUUUUGUAAUGUUAAAAA